UGUUCGCGAGAAGUUUGUGUUUACCACAAUAGAUGAGGAUAGUUUUCUGGUUUUGCGAUGCUUCCGUUUUUCUUACAAUAGUCUAAAGAUGCAGCCUGUGUCUAGAAGGCGUCCUCGAAGAAGUGUAUUUGCUGUGUAUUUCAUAAAUUUCUAGAAAGAGCAGCAUCUUCGGUGGAAAACGGACUGUGACGAAAAAAACAAAAAAUAAACACCACCAGCUCGAUCGUAGACACGCAAAAAAGUGUUUGAAUACGCUAACCUUUGCCACAAACAACAACGCUCAAUUCGAGAGUCGUAUCAAGCAAUCAACAUUAAAAAAGGACCCUGUGAACGACGGUUCUCAGCGGGGUUCAGCUGCAUGGGAAGAUGUGUCAGCGAGCAAUGCUGAUGCUUCCGGAGAUUGCCAGAACAUCUACAAAAAAUAGAACCACGACGAAGACGGUAGAGAUUUUUCCUUUUGCACGAGCUGUAGAGUUAGAAGUCGAAGCAACAUCAUCAACAAAAGCAGUACCUCAACGGAAACGGGCGGCACACGUUUGCUUGCAUUCGUCCGUCCAUGACCAGAUACGAUCGAUACGGUUUAUCGACGGAGCAGCAGGAGAAACAACCACCCGCAGGACAGCAAGUAGAUGCGCAAGACUCGACGGUGGUGACCUACGGGACGAUGACUGACGAUGAGUCCCUUCUGCUGGAGCGCGCGAAUGCCGAGCGCGAGGAGAUCUUCUUGCGCUACGAACAACGCGGCUGCAAAGCAACCGAUGACAGCUGGCAAGAUCCCGACGAGCUGCUGGUUUACGCACAGACCGACCGGUACGGAUUCCUACAUCAGGUAGCAGCAACGUCCGAGGACAGAGAGGAACACGACAAGCUGCUGAAGCUCGAGAUGGCGCGGGUCAAGAAGUGGGUCAAGAUGAACAAAAACUGGGACAGCGCGGCCACCAAAGAAAAUCUUAGGCGGCGCGUGAUGAAGGGCAUUCCCGAUCGGAUGCGGUCGGCCAUUUGGCGCAAACUGCUCGACCUCGACCGGUUGAUGCUGGAGAACGCCGGGGUGUACGAGCGGAUGUUGCGCAUUGCCCGGAACCGCAGUCCAGACAUUCGGCAGAUCGAUUUCGACGUUAAUCGGCAGUUUCGGAACAACAUUUUCUACCGCGAGCGGUACAGUGUGAAGCAGCAAAGUUUAUUCCGGGUACUGGCGGCGUACAGUAUGUAUAACACCGAGAUAGGCUACUGCCAGGGCAUGUCGACCGUGGCCGCCGUGCUACUGAUGUACUUCGACGAGGAGGACACGUUCUGGGCGCUGGAGACGCUGAUGAUCAACGCCCGGUAUGCGAUGCACGGCCUGUACAUCGUGGGCUUUCCCAAAUUGAUGCGGUUUUUGGCGCAUCAUGACAAAAUACUCACCAAGUGUCUGCCAAAACUGAAGAAACACCUCGACAAGCACGAGGUUCAUUCCGUACUAUAUUCGCUGAAGUGGUUUUUUGUUAUUUUUAUCGAGCGGAUACCAUUUAGCUUAUGUUUACGAGUAUGGGACAUUUACAUGAUGUUUGGGGAACGCGUACUUACAGCAAUGUCGUUUACAAUAUUAAAAAUGCAUCGCGGGAAACUUUUGCGAAUGAAAGAUAUGGAUCAAAUAACCGAUUUCCUUAUGACGUCGCUGCACAAACAGUUCGGCUACAGUGACGACACUGUGAUAAAAACCCUCCAAUCCUCGAUGGACGAGCUAAAGAGAAUGAAACUACUCAAUCUACCACCGGCCGUUGCCACCGAACUGCCAAUGAAACCACGCGGUCAGCCGCAUGAACCAUCGAUGAGGGCAAAGAUUGGCCAUCGGGAUGAACAGUUUUCGGAUCGGGAAAUGGUGUUGAAGGAGACGGUACUGUACCGCAGCGAGUCGAAGAAUGACGACGAUGAAGAACAGUACCAAAAUGGGGACGUGCGGGGUAAUGGUAAUGGAACAGCGGUACAUGAGGAAGAGGACGAUGAGCGGACCGAAAAGGAUUACGAUGAUAUUACCGAGGACACCGUAAGCCAUCUCAACAUAGUAUCCGAUACGGACGGGGGAAGUAUCACGAAGCAAUCCCUAACCGGUACAUCCGUGACCUCAACAAACGAUAUUAGCCUAACGUCGUACGAUCGUACCUGUGAUAUAUUCCGUCUGCAAUCACAUCAAAGCAGUGGCCGGGAGUUGCCAGUAGCAACGUCCGCCGUCUUGCUGCUUGACCAGUUGGCCGCUCAACUGUCGGAUGAAGAACUGUCUUCAUAUGGAGCGGCGGUAGAGCUGAUACUCGACACGGAGGAUCCCCGGCUGACCUCGUUUGGCAAUGGAAUUGCUAAGGAUAAUAAUUCUUCAUCCAUUACCGAGGGUGAGCCACUGGAAAAAGAAUGUUCCGAGCCGUCGCAAGAAGCAGAAGAAAAAUUGUCCUCCUCGGUUCACGAGCGGGAUGCUCGGAAAAUGGCAGCGGUGAACGAUGUUGAGAGACCUGUGGAGCACGGGAACGAUGAAGAGGAUGAGGAUGAAUUGACGGAAAAGCAGCUCUCGUUUUAAAUUUCCAUACGAUCAUAUACACCACCCCCUGGCCACCAUAAAACUGCCAUUUUCAUUCGAACUUGUCUUGUUUUUUAACUGACCAGUUGCAAUGAGAUAAAGGUGUAUCGCGGUAAGAUGUUUUGUACUGUAAAAUGGCGUUUGGAAGUUUUCCUACUAUACACAAUGGAAA